AUUUGAAUCAUCGCUUGUGUUGGUGUCAUUUUUCCCGCUAUUCGAAAUCGAGAUGGGGAGCGGCGGCGCUCUUUUACUUUUACAUUGAAUGACUCGAGUAUACCAGGCCGUCGGCAAUCGGGGCUUGUUUUAACAUUUUACUCAAACAAACUGCCUUUUCCAGGAAUGUCUGUGGAGGAGCCGCGCGGCGAGCUAAACCCUGGUAGUGAAGAAUCAACAAAUGCCAAUAAUACUGACAGUGGUGGAAGUUAUGGAAUGCAUUCUAACAAAGGAUUAAGUCACUUUAAUGGAGAUUCAGAUGAAGAAAUUUUUGUCUGCAAAAAAGUGAAGAGAAAAACUCUACGAGAUAGUGAUAGUGAUGAGGAUUCAAGCAACGUAAAAGAAAUUGGGAGCACCAAGUUGGAUAGUGCGACUGAUAAUGAGGAGCAAAGCUUAAAUACCAAUGAUAAAAACAAGAAAAAGAAAUUCCAUCGUGUUCAGAGAGUGAUAAAGAAUAGUGGUGAGAGUGAUUCUGAUGUUGACAAUGAAUGCCAAGCUAGACUAGUAAAAUCCAGUUCUGUUAGUGAUGAAGAUGAGGAAGUAUCCACAGGAGACCUACAACAUAGAACUUCUAGUCUGGAUGAUUCUUCAGCUAGUCAACAAAUGACUAAAAAUUCUUUGCAUCGGGAAGGGCAAGUAAAUCCAAAGAACAAAUCUCAGAGAUCACGAGACAAAAAGAAGAAACAAUUGGAAAUGGUUGAGAAGUUGAAAAGAAAAAAGAAACAAAAAAAACAGGAAGUGCCAACAGAAUUGAAGACUGCGGAUGACAGUGGCUGUCUGCUCAACAACAGUGACCUGUUUGAGACUGAAAUGGACGAUGAGAAUAACCUCAAUGGAGAGGAAGAGGAGUUUUCAUUGGAUGCCAUACGAGCAGCAGUGAAAAAGAAAGCAAAACACCCCAAAAAUCGACAACUUGUUCCUUCUGAAAACCUUCAUGAUUAUGACUGUGAGGAGCAGGUGCAAAAAGAUGGAAAGAAGGUGCGUACAGAGAGGAAGGCAGCCAAAAUGAGUAAGGAGGCAAUGCGCCAGAUUCAUAGUGAAACUCAACGACUGUUGCGAGAGGCAAAUUUAUCUUUGCCCUAUCACCUGCCAGAACCACAAACCAUUCAUGAUUUCUUCAAGAAACGCCCACGUCCAGCCUGCCAAGGAAGUGCCAUGUCAUUGCUCAAAUCAUCUAAGUAUCAACCUUGCUUACAGCAGGACACCUCUGAUUCCACAACAGCGAUUGAAAUGUUAGCCGGCAUCCCUCAAGAUGAUAGGCUAAUUGAUCAAAUGGUGCCAAAUAAUACAAUUUCCAUUUCUACAACAACUCCAGAAAUAGAAGAAUCGCCUUUAAACAAUUCAGAUAAUAAAGAAAAUACUUGCCUUAACUGGCCUGUGACUGAAACCCACAUUGAAAAAAAUGAGGGACAAACAGAAAUAGCGGACCAGUUGAGUCUCUCCACUGACAUAGAGGAUGGAGGAAAAGAAUUAGUAACUCUUGUGCCUAGCACAGAAUCUGACCAUCACUCUUUCACUUUGAAACUAUCUGAGGAAACUGGAUCAAAUGAAAAACUUGCAAUUAUGCCUGGGGAUCCUCCUGUGGAUAAAAUGCAACCUGAUGCCACUGUGAAGCUUCCGGGUGAUGUCUCAACUGUUACAGAAGAAGAGCGGCAGCAAUUGGCAGCAGCUUCAAUGAACAAGCACAGAAAAUCCAAAUUGGAUAAAUUACGGGUGCUGGGAGUGGAUCUAACAUUGAAACCUCACCUUUGUGCCGAUGAAGGUGCAUUUGUUAACCUGGAGGAGCCCAAAGUAAACAAAGAGCUUCAAGCAUUAAAGGAGCGUUUCCUUAAACAUGGUGUCAAGUCUGCUAAGCAGAAUCAAGAACGGCGUGUUGAACUUAACAUUAUUCGAAAAGCAAUCACUGCUGAGGGGAAGGAGGAGCUCAAAACAGAUUCCGUAACCGUGACCGUGGGCAAAAAAGAAGCGGAGGAUUUUGUGCCAACAAAACCAGGGGAGAAGCUACAAGCUUUGAAAGCCAAACUCCAGGAAGCAAUGAAAUUGCGGAGGCUAGAAGAGCGCCAGAAACGGCAAGCACUCUACAAACUUGAUAACGAGCAGGGUUUUGAAGAUGAAGAGGAUGAGGAAGAAGAGCUGACUGAGUCUGAAGAAGACGAGUCUGAGACUGUAGAAUUCCUUCUUGGUGAUGGAGGAGAGCCAGCAGGAGAAGCAGAUGAUGAUACUCAAUCUACUGAUACUGCUCAUAACCCAGAAACCCAGAAGGAAUCUACUCCAAAACCUGUCAAGUCAGAUUUUUUACAGUCCUUUAAUUUUGGUACAGAUUCUUCUUCUAAAACGAGUGAGCAGGCUUCAGGCAACAAAUUGAGGCUGCAACUUCAACAAACCCCACCUAAAGGAAGCAGUAAACUUAGUAAAGAAUUUUCCUCUCGUGUCUCACUACUACUAAAGAGCAAUACAGAUGAAGAUGACUCCACCUCCCAGGCAUCCACAACAAAGGACAAUAGCCAUAACAGCAGCUUUGAGCUAAUUGGAUCAAUGAUUCCUUCAUAUCAACCAAUUAAUAAACAUCCUGGCAGAUUAGGAAUUGCUUUGCAUGGAGGAUUCCGAUCACCAUCACCUAACCUCUUUAAUCCAAAUAGUCAGUUCAAAACAAGCUUCAUUAGUUCAGCAUCUAAGAGUUCUGGGAAGCUAUCUGAACCUUCUAUGCCAGUGGAAGAUUCGCAAGACUUGUACAAUGCAUCUCCAGAACCCAAAAACUCAACCGGUGAAUCUCAAUCCAGGUUCUCCCUUGAAGAUGAAACACAAAGUCAGCUACUUGAUGCAGAUGGGUUCCUGAAUGUGGGUCAUCGCAGCACCAAGUGGCAGCCCUUAAAGCGGCAACUGAUUUUGGAUAGUAUGGAUGAAAAUGCAAUGGAUGCAAAUAUGGGCGAGUUGCUGGGUCUUUGUUCAGGAGAGUUCAAACCUCAAAACCUUGAUACACUAAAGGAUAACAAAGAAAAAGAAAAUAUUGAUGAGCUGCUUGGACUUUGCUCUGGGAAAUUUAUUUCUCCAGCAGAUUCAAUGUCUUCCAUCACUUCAGCUGUAAAGCAACAAAAAUCAACAACCGCAGUAUCGGAUGAUCCUAUGACUGAGGUGCUUGCAAUUUCCUUAGGGUCUUUUCCCAUAAACAGGGAAAAUGAUGAAAACGAAGACGACCAGUUUCAGUUGCAAACAGAUGAUGAAGUUUUUGAGAGUGAGGAUGAUAAAAGUGAAGACGAAGGUGGGGAAGAAGACGAAGGCGGUGAAGAAGAUAAAGAUAGUGAGGAAGACGAAGAGGAGCAGUUGGCUCAGAAAAUUCAACGGAAAAAUAAAUUGAAACUUGGAGACUUUGUAGAAGAAGAGGCUGAACUCUCUGGAGACGGCGGGGCAAGUGAUGAGGAAUACGAUGCAGAAUCUGAUGAGUACGAAGAAGAUGAAAUUGAUGAAGAUCUGCCCUCGGAUGAGGAACUGCAGGAACAAGUGAACAAAAUUCACAUGAAGGUUUUGAUGGAUGACGAUAAACGACAGCUGCGUCUUUAUCAGGAACAAUACUUGGCCGAUGGAGACUUGCACAACGAUGGACCAGGGCGGGCACGAAGAUUCCGUUGGAAAAAUAUUGAUGAUUUCUCGCCCAUUGACCAGUCGCAUGACGAUUCUGAAGAUGAAACAAAUGAGGAAGUAGAUGAGGCAGAAGUAAAAUGGCGGAAGGAUCGGUUUGAACGCGAACAGUGGCUUCGUGAGAAGUCCCAGGAUGCAGACAGUGAGGAAGACGUUGGUGAAGGAAGCCAAUUCAUGAAACUGGCAAAGAAAAUUACCAUCAAAACUUUACAUAAAAGUAGUUCUGCAGAAGUGGUUCCAGAAACAAAAACGCAGGAAUCAAUAGGAGUCAAGUCGCACAAAUCUAUUUUUUGGAGGAAGAAUGGAUCCCUGCUGAACCAACCUCGAGAGGUACUACAGAAGCUGGCAGCAAUAUCAGACUUGAAUCUAAAUGCUCCUCGUGCCAGCUCCCGGAAUUUUGUCUUCCACACACUAUCUCCACAAAAGAAUGACAUGAAGAAACUGGAAUCAAAACCACACACAAAACGAAAGACUGCUGCUACCCCGAUCACUUCAUUAGCAAAGCGACCACGCACUGAGAAGACACCAAAAACGCCCCCCCAAACUAGAAGUAUAUUUCGAUAUUUAGAGAAUUAAUUAUUGUAAUUAUAAUAUAGCUUCACUUGGUAUUCAGUUUGUUUUGUAAAUUAGGUGUGUUCUGCUUGUAUAUGAUUAUAAAUGCUCUUGCUAGAUUGUUUUAUCUGAGAAAUAAAUACCUUUUUUAUAAA